AUGAACGACAAUGACUUCCCAGCAUUAGGAGCACCAAUCAAAAGAAAACCUGCUGCUGUUCAACAACAACCAGCUUAUAAACCAGCUGCUACUACUUCAGCUGCUGCUGCAGUGGUUCAGCAACAACAACCGGCACCAUCAAAAGUACAAUAUCAACCUUCUACUGCUCCAGGUGGAGUUGUAAAACCUACAACUACCUAUCAUAUAGCUGAUAUAGGUGCUAAUCUAGCAGAUAAACAAUUUGAUAGAGAUUUUGAUCAAUUGUUACAACGUGCAUCUGGUAAAGGUGUUAAUACGAUUGUGAUGACUGGUACAUCGAUACCGUCUAGUCGAAAGGCAAUCGAAUUGAUUGAAGCAAAGCAAGAGGUGUUUAAGAGAUUUGGUGUGACUGUGUAUUCGACGUAUGGUGUACAUCCACACUCGGCGGAGCGUGCACCAGCCAACACAUGUCAAGAGAUUAGAGAGAUGGCCAAGAAAUACCCACACAUUGUAAAGGCGGUUGGAGAGUGUGGACUUGACUUUAACCGUAACUUUAGUAGUCAUCAAUCACAGAUGGAUAUGUUUGAGCGCCAGAUAGAGGUGGCCGUCGAGUUGGGACUACCCCUCUUUCUCCACGAACGUGACGCCCACAAAGAGUUUGUCCAAGUGACCAACAAGUUUGUCAGCGCUGGCAAGAUGCCCAAGGCGGUAGUGCACUGCUUUACAGGCAUUGAAAAAGAGGCAGACGUCUACCUUAAAAUGGGCUUUUACUUUGGAUUCACUGGCGUCAUCACACAAGACAAGCGUGGAGAGACAUUACGCAAGAUACUCUCCUCUCGCAAGAUCCCACUCAACCGUAUCAUGAUAGAGACCGACUGUCCCUACAUGACCCCCCACAACCUGCCAGCUGCCGACAAACUAAAAAAAGGAGGUGACCGUCAUAUCCGUAACGAACCUUCCUAUCUCCCAUGCGUCCUCUCUACUCUAGCUCAAUGUUAUGGUAUCUCAGAGGAAGAAGCUGCCAAUCAAACUCUUGCAACAACAAAGGAAUUUUUUAAUCUAAAUUAA